AUGAGGAGUCUGCUGGCACUGCUGAUUGUGACUCUGGCCCUGGCAGCUCUCUGCCGUUGUGAGAAAGAUCCCAAAGACCUCUCAGGAUCUCACAACCCCACCAGCAUCAAGAUUGAAAAGGAAGUUGCCAAUGCCUUUGUGAAGAGGCAGAAGAGAUCGAGCCUGUAUGAAUGGUACUUAGAGUAUUACAAAAGUCCAAUGGAGCAGAUGCAUGAGCGUUGUGAAAACUACCCCCCCUGUGACUAUCUCUCUGAUCAAAUAGGAUUCUCCAUGGCCUACAACCGUUUCUUUGGGAGAUACUAA